AUGUCAUCAAUGUCAUCUCAGAAUUUCUUGAAAUUCGGUGUGGAGUAUAAAGGAAGUGGACAACUUUUCACGCUUGAAUGUCCGGCUGUGUACGACGAUAUAAUUAAUAAAGUGUCACAACAGUUUGGUAUUCCUCAGACUGAAGCUUCUAAUUACUGUUUCCGUAAGACUGAACAUUCGGGUGUGACUGAAUAUUACACGGCUGACGAGAACUGUCGUAUUAAGACUGGAGAUGUCGUUCAAUUAGUCGAAAUCCCAAGUAGAACAGUGGAGAAGUUUAUUUCAAAUUUAAAUCAAACAUUAGAUUGUUUGGUUCAAAAUAACAAUAUUACUACUAAUCCGCCUGUGAGUAAUAUUAGUUUCCAGUUACAUCAUUCGCAAGUCUCGUUUAAGCAGUUGUUGAUGGAAUUAGUCAUUGUUUUACAAUGUAAACAAUUUAGCAGAGAUUUUGUUAAAUAUGAAGGACAUUGUAAACUUUUCCAGCUCGUCGAAUACAUUGAUAAACUGGAUAAAAAAUUUCAUGAUGAAAUUUGGUCAUACCUUUUAUCCUGUCUAGUUGAAUUAUCAAAUUACGCUAUAACCAAUCGAUUUAUCAAUAAUGAGACUUUUCAUCAUGAAGAUUAUGUAAUGCUGCAAGAGAAUAAUCGUGAUGAUAAAAAAUAUCUCCCUGAAGAAAUGAUUAUUCAACACGAUGAAAAUAUUAAUCAAAUUCAAUGCUCGCCAACAAUUCAACCAAUAAGAAGUAUUUAUGGUAUAGAAGAAUUUUUCAGUUGGCAAUUAGUAUCCGAUGAAUUUCUAUCUGUGAUAAUUGAACACUGUAGGAAAGAAACUAAUUUAGAAUGUCUACGAAAUGAAAUGAAAUUAUUAUUAAAAAUAAUCACCGACUAUCCUGUACAUAUUCAGUGUAUCCUAAAACAAACUAAACAAGGAUUUAUAUUAGAUCUAUUAAAAAUAAUCCAAUCAAACAUUACUGGUUAUAAAUCUUCAACAAAUUAUAAUUUAAUUCAUUUGGAAACAUUACGAUGUGAAUUACAAAAUCUUCUUAUGAAAUUUCUAUAUAUUCUUUUAUAUUAUGGAAAACAACAAAAUCAUUUAAUAUGCUUAGCACAACAGUUACUUGAAAAUGUGAAAUUUGUUGAAUGGAUUCCAGAAUUACUCGAUCGUUCACUAUGGAAAUUCAUAAUUAAUGCAUACUGUCGAAAAAAUCAUUAUUUCAAUUAUUCAAUGACAGAGACAUUUAAUUUGUCAGAUAAUAAAUUUGAUGAAAAUCCAGAAAAUACAUUUGUAUUGAAAUUUUUGAAAGAUUUUUCAAAUUUUCUUGAAAAUGAUUCAUUAUGCAAAACAGAAUACAAUCAAAGUAACAAUGAUAACAAUAUUAUCAACACAAGUGUUUACAAUCCUAAUAGUGAAAAUAUUGAAUUCGAACAACAACAACAACAACAACGUAUUUUGUCAUAUCGAUCGACCAGUAGCAAUAGUAUUACUACCACAACAAUAACAACAACUACUACUAGCACUACUGCUACUACUACUACUACUACUAAUUCUAACAAACAACCCAGUAUACAAUUGCUGAGUUCAAUAUGUCGAGUACAGCAAAUAAUUAAUAGUUUAUUGAUUGACAAAAUGAAAACACCAUUAACUCGUACAUCCGAAGAAAAUCUUGAAAAAAUGAAACAACUUUGUUCAACAAUAUAUUCUGAUGAUCAUACAAUUAAUCUAGCUGACGGAUAUAUGGAAGAAGCGUGUAUUAAACUAGGUUUCAAGAUACCAAGUGAUCCAUAUGCUGAUUUUGAAAAACCACCGGGUACACUUGGAUUUCAGUGUAUUUAUGCUUAUAUAAUGAAACAUAAACACAAACUUAUUGAUAUGCUUAGUUAUGCUUAUCCAUGUCAAAAGCAUUCCUAUAUUACUACGAAUACCAGUACUACUAGUAGUCAUUGUAAAUGGAAUCACUUAUCGGAAUUCAUUAUGUCAUCCUCUGUUAAUGUGAAUAGUAAUGGUAAUAUUGAUUUAAAUGAACUUCGUAAUAACUCAUCACAGCGUGUACAACGUCAUUUUUCCACGGUUGAUUCAAAUUAUAUUCGAAAUAUAUUGUAUACUACUCAUUUACAUGAAGGUAGUAUACAACAACAACAACAACAACGUAAUAAUGCCACUGGACGACGAUUUACAGUGGAUUCAUUAUCAACACCACUUAAUGUAUCACAAUCAUUAAAACCAAUGAAUGAGUAUUAUAAUAAUAGUUUUUCAUGUAAUUACUCUAUUUCAUCAUCUUCUUCAACAAUUUCAUCAUUAUUAAUUGAUAAGAAACCGUUAUUUCCAAUUAUUGAAGCCGCUAAUGCUGUAACUAAUAUGCUUUGUGAAUUGAUUACAACUAAUGAUACAAUUCUGGAACCAAAUAUUAUCAUAGAACAAGGUGAUAAGGAUUGUUAUCUUCCAUCACCAUUAUAUCUAAUUUUAUUUAGUAAUACUAAUCGUCAUCACAAUCAUUCAUCAUUAACAUCAUCAUUUGACGAUUUAUUCGAUUGUGUCUUUUCGACAUUUUUCUAUUCAUGGACUCAAAUGAAAGCUGUACCUGAAGAUCUGAUUGCAAUUUCAUGCGUUGUACGAGAGCAGAUCAUUCGUAUUUUGAAAACUACUCCUAUUUCAUUUGAAGAAUUUGAAAAAUCUUUACUUAAAUUUAAUCCAUAUGAUGUACCAUCAAUGUGGUCGAAACACGAAAAUUGUCUACGUGUAAACAUGUUACAUAAUCAUCCAGCUCUAAUUGAACUACGUAAUGAUUUAAGAAAACGUCAUCAAAGACAUGUAUAUGAGAAUCGUUUGAAUAUUUUGUCAAAUUCAGCACCAUUAGAAUAUAUUCCAUCGAAAGGAUCAAAAUUAUGUAGUAAAGAUAAUCAAUCCUUCAAUGUACUCUUGUCAACUGAUCGUAAAUCGCUUGUUAUAAGAGACGCAAACCAGACUGUCAGAGAAAUAUGGCAACUAAACUGUAUUAGUCGAGUUUCUUUGGGUGUAACUGAGAAGGUGAAAAAAUAUCCAGAACGCACGUUACUCUUUCAAGUGGAAUUAUCCGAUGUACCAAAUCAAGAUGAUGCUAAUGAAUCGACAAGUAACAAAACUCGUUGUUUUCGAGUCAUUUUAUUAGCCAGAUCAGUAACUGAAUAUAAUUAUUGGUUAGACGGUUUAUUUUUACUUAACAAAUUAAACAAUCCAAGUGAUUAUUACAAUGAAGAUGUGGAACGUUUAACCGAAUUAGACAUGUGUAUACGUCUUUCAAGUUUAGAUUUAAAUCAACUGCCUAAAAGAGAGAUUUCCUUACCCACAGAUCCUCCACCUUUGGAUUUUAUUUAA